AUGAAGAGAGAUAAUCAGAGCAGUGUGUCUGAAUUCAUCCUCCUGGGGCUCCCCAUCCGACCAGAAGAACAAGCCAUGUUCUAUGCCCUGUUCCUGGCCAUGUACCUGACCACAGUGCUGGGGAACCUGCUCAUUAUUCUGCUCAUCAGGCUGGACUCUCACCUCCACACCCCCAUGUACUUCUUCCUCAGCCACUUGGCCUUCACUGACAUCUCUUUCUCAUCAGUCACAGCUCCAAAGAUGCUCAUGAAUAUGCUGACACAGAGUCAAUCCAUCUCCUAUGCUAUGUGCAUUUCCCAGGUAUACUUUUUCUUGUUGUUUGGGUGUAUUGACAACUUUCUUCUCACCUCAAUGGCUUAUGACAGAUAUAUGGCCAUUUGUCACCCCUUGCACUAUAUGACCAUCAUGAGUCAGACCCUAUGUUCCCUGUUAGUAAUUGUGUCCUGGGUCUUAUCUUGUGCCAGUGCCCUCCUACACACCCUCCUUCUAGCCCAUCUCACUUUCUUUAGAGACAACAUUCUGCCCCACUUCUUCUGUGACCUCUCUGCUUUACUUAAGUUGUCCAGCUCAGACACCAGUAUAAAUGAGCUGGUUAUCCUCACUGAAGGAAUGGUGGUUGUCACCCUGCCAUUCAUAUGUAUUCUGGUCUCUUAUGGCCACAUUGGGGCCACCAUUCUGAAAUCUUCCUCUGUCAGAGGACUCUUAAAAGCAGUGUCUACUUGUGGCUCUCAUCUCUGUGCAGUUUCCUUAUACUAUGGAACAAUUAUUGGGUUAUACUUUGCCCCCUCAUCCAAUAACACUAAUGAUAAGGAUGUUUUUGUUGCUGUGAUGUACACUCUUGUCAUACCCAUGUCAAAUCCCUUUAUCUAUAGUCUGAGGAAUCAGGACAUGAAAGGAGCUCUGGGAAAUAUCCUCAGUAGAAGAACCCUUUCAGUGUGA